GUCAGCUGGAAGACUGUAUAUCACCACCAGCCUACGGCUGAAACAAGUAGCCUAAAAAGAGGCCAGGGGUUCUACAAGAAGGCAUGUUUGUGGUGAAACGUUCAGCCAGAUCAGCGCAGCGCUGCAAGAUCGAACGUGCCCACUGAUUUCACGUUACCGGACAGAUACAGGUUGUACAGUAAGCCCUACCCUGUCUCCAGGAGAGCAUCUCAACAGCAAGGGGCUCACCAGUCAGGGACCUAUGGAGGACUUACAGGAGGAAGUUCAGGGGGAAGAUCAGGAGGAGCCUUUGUAUGUUGAUGUUGUGGAGGAGCCUCUUUACAUGGAUCCAGAUGAGCUCAACCUCCCGAUGGAUAGGAAGGUGUACACUCUGCUUAGCGAACACAGACUGGAUAGAUACACCAAAGACUUUCUUGACCUUGGAGUCAAGGACGCAAAAUAUUUCAUUGCUGGAAUCUCUGAAGAAAAUUUGAUAAGUAUUGGUUUAACUCCAGUGGAGAGGAAUCGAUUUAAAAGAAUGCAGGAGCAUAUAGAGGAACUUGGACUCGGUGGUGAAGCUGUCAUGCAUCAGAUUCCUCCAGAGCCCAAAGGUCCAGCUCCCAAAGGUCCAGAACCCAAAGGUCCAGCUCCCAAAUGUCCAGAACCCAAAUGUCCAGAGACCAACGAACUACCAGAGAGUAGUCCCCAGGCUGUGAGGAGGGAGGGCAGUGGCCACAGGUUCAUCCUCAGCACCUUCGGAGGCCCGACCUUCUGCUCCGUCUGCAGGGAAUACAUAUGGGGUCUCACCAAGCAAGGAUACAAGUGCACAAAGUGCAAUGCGGCUUUCCAUAAGAAAUGCAUCGUAAAAAUCAAAGGCAGAUGCACUGUGGACAACAGCGGAGACACAAAUAAGACUGACAGGCCUCAUAGUUUUAAGAUUCACAACUACAAGAUUCCCACCUUCUGUGCCCACUGUGGAAGCCUUUUGGUGGGUCUAUAUCAACAAGGAUACAGAUGUGACCACUGUACAAUGGAUGUCCACGAUGUGUGUCAGACCAAAGUGGCCAAGCCAUGCAUCAAUCGUUAAGACUCCCAUCAGAGGAUCUCUCCCAGGCUGACCAGCUCCCCCUCUGGUAGACCCAGGGACUACACCAUGCAUCAAUCAGACACUCCCAUCCAGGGGGUCAGGAUUUGACUGAUUAGCUUCGCCAAUUAGCAAGGCACUUCCUCGUCGCCAUUUUCCCGGAAAUACAUCAUGUCCGGUGCCGUUUCUCCUCAUGCUGAUUGGUGGCUGUUCCACUCUCAGCUCAUGCACGAGCUUAGUGUGGGCGUGAGCUCCCUCCCGUGUGCAUGUUGAUUAUGAUUGGCCAAGUAAAAUGGCACCGGAAACAAGCCCCUUGAAACGCCAUGUUGAAGCCAUGGUUGAAGCCUGAAAAAAUCGUUCAAUUUUGGCAAUUUUCACUAGCCUAGCAUUCCCAUUGAAAUUAAUAGGGGCGGGACUUGUUCACUUUCUCUAGUUCUUAUACUGCGUUCAUGCAGCUCGGAACCUCGGAGGACCUGCCUUUAAAAAGUCCCGACCUCCGAAAAAAUUGUGUUCAUGAGAUCAGUUCGGAAAAUAAAUACAGGAAAUGCAUAAAUACGUUAUUACAACUGCUUAGUAUGGUUGAGCAAGAAGGAAAUUGUCUUGGGCGAGUGUUUCUGUCUGUGUUGUUAAUUUAGUGACAAAUUACCUUGCCUAUUCGUAAUGACAGUGAAAUUCACCUCUUGUGUUGUUGCAAGGGAGGCCGUCGUGGUUGGAGAAUAUGAUAGUGACGUCAAGUCGGACACCUCGGGGCACAAAACUUCCGCACGAGUCUCCGAGGAAAAAAUCCCACCCGACCUAGCGUUCAUGUCAUUUUUCCGCUAUCGGAGGUCAGAAAUUUCCGAGGUUCCGAGCUGCAUGAACGCAGUAUUAUAAUACCUCCAUGGGUUGACCAGGCUGACCAGCUCCCCCUCUGGUAGACCCAGGGACUACAACAUGCAUCAAUCAGACACUCCCAUCAGUGGAUCUCCUCCAGGUUGACCAGUCUCACCAGCUCCACCUCUGGUAGACCCAGGGACUGCAGACGUGCUAUAGAGCUGCAGCCUCUGUGCUAUAGAGCUCGGAAUUACGAUUUUGUGUCGUAAAAUCACUAACAUUUGUGGGAAUCAUGGUAGCGGUGGCCACUGUGCAGAUAGAAAUCCAAUGUGAUGGGCAUGACUUACGUCAAAUAGACGUAUUUUUUACGCUAAACGACAGGUCCAACAUCCAAACAAAAAUGUUGGAAACACAAGCAUGGAAAGGACCUCAACGGAUAUAUAACUAUGUCUGUUUUACCCAGUGGAUGUAAAGCAACUUUAUACGAGUGUUUGUACGGGCAGUAGUAAGUUACCGCUUUGUCUCAUCAGUAGGCCAACUCAGUGUUCCACAGCCCACAGAACCGAAGCCAAUCUACGGCAUUUAUUUUAUCUGUCUAUAUUUUAUUUAGUAACACUCCGUUGUGUUGUACAUCUCAUCGUUGUGAAGAAGCUCACUUUUUUUCUUUUUUUUUUUUUUUUUUAAGUACAUUUUUUGGGGCUUUUAUGCCUUUAAUGGGACAUGGCAGUGUAGAGUGACAGGAAGCGAGCGGGAGAGAGUUGGGUUGGGAUCUGGAAAGGACCACGGAGCGGGAAUCGAACCCGGGUCGCCGGCGUGCGGUGCAGGUGCCCCAGCCAGUCGUGCCACAACUGGGGCCGAAGCUCACAUGUGUGUACGUCACGGUCCAUUUGCUUUCUAAUCACCUCGCAAACUACUUUGUCAUCAGUUACCGCUGUAUUUUCCGUUAGCGUACUAGGAAAAUGGCAGACGCCCGAACUCUAUAACUUGGCUCAGUUAUGCACUGUGCACUGUUAAA